AUGUUUGAGUUCGAGGAGCUGGAAGCAGCGUUGCCCUUCGAGGCUGUGGCCGUCUAUGGUGCUGGCUCUGAGGAGGUGAAUGGACUGUACGAAGACACCAAAGUCGCUGCCCAUGGCGCCCAGAUCUUUCGGCAUCUGGCCCUGAGCACCACGCUGCUGGCGAGGGAACCUCACGGGGCUCGACUGGGCUGGCUCAUUGGAGUGAAUCGCCGGCCUUACUACGGGAGUGAUGCGGGAGAGUCGACGGAGAGCUUCUACAGUGUGGAGACGAGCAGUGGUGUCCUGGCAGAGGACGAGUCAGAGAAGUACGAGAUGAUCUUGAUGGAUGUUUAUCCCUGCUUGGGCCAUGAGAGCCCUCAGCACGAGCCCGAAGAGGAAACUCAAGACGUACCAGAGCCGGUGAUCGCAGAGGAGGAACUGGAGGAAAUCUAUCGAGAGCUGGAAGAAAAAUGGGGCGUGUGCGUGGGACUCUAUGUGCACGGCUCCACGAUCUUCGGGAAUCAUCGGCCGAAAGACCUCGACCUCAUUGCGGUGGUGGAGGAGCCAAAGCAGGUCAUUGCCGAGGAUAGCCCUGACUCCCAAUUCCUCCUGGGACGCUGCGAGGUCUCAGUGUAUGCGAAGUCGUGCUUUCUGGAAAAGCUGGAGAACAUGGAUUUGACCAUGCUCACCUGCCUGAACACUCCUUCUCGCUUUGUCCUAAAGGAGUUGGAGGACGAGCGGCUGCGGAACUUCAAGGUGGAUCUGGAACGCUUGGAGGCCUCGGUGAUCUCCUAUGCGGUCUUCACCUGGCAGAAGUUCCAGCGGGUCUUGGAUGAGUGGAAGGAUCCCUACAAGUCCAGCAAGAACGCCUACUUCGUGUUCCGCGUGUUGACCUUGGGCGAACAGCUGGCAACCUAUGGCCGAAUUGUGGAUCUCAAGGCGUCCAACCACCUUUGGGAGGACAUCAAAGAGGUCUACGACACCUUGCAGAUUCAACCGGGCGACACCAAUGUGGUGGAAGCUUUGCUGGCGCACCACUUCGCUGAAUCUCUCCGCAGCUUCCGUGCCGCCCUGGCCGCCGCGCAGCAUGCGCAGCGUGACGAAGCGGCCGAGGACGCCGCGGAGGGUGCGAAGCCCAUCGUGGAGACCUGCGCGGUUUGUUUGGACGCCCUUGAUGCGGAGCAGCGUUCAAUCAAGGGCGUGGCGUUUGGGUGGGUGCAAUUGGUCAACUGUCGGCAUUGCUUCCAUGCCGCCUGCAUCGCGAAGUCCCUGCGGGCGCGGCCCGAUCACCCAGCCUGCCCUAUGUGCCGGGCCUCAGUGAGGAUCGAUGCCACCAGCGACCCAAAGCUUGCUCCAUGGUUCGUCCGUGAGCCAACGUUCCCUGCAUCCUCCCGCUUUACAACAACCCGACGCUUGGCUUAUGCCGGGUAUCCGGCCACCCUGCGCGUGGCUGCGGUGCCGGUGCCGGCGGCGAUGGACCGCAGCAUGGGCCAAGCCCCAGCGCCACGGGUGGAGGGUUUCGCCAGCCUGGGAGAUGCCUGCCUACGCUUGGCCGAGGUCUGGUCCCAGGAGGCCGAGGCGCUCAACGACCAACAGCGCUUUAAGAGGGCUGCGGAGGUCUACAAGCGCGCUUUAGCCUUGCCAGUGCUGCCCCUGCGACGACAGGCGGAGCUCCAAGCGGCGCGGGCCAAGACGUAUCGACGCUUGGCAGAGAGCAAGAAGGGGGUCAACGACGAAGAGGAGGAUCCUUUGGUGGGCAUGGCUGCCGAGUGGGCGAUCCAGGAGGCAGACGAAGCACUGGAGAAGGAUCCCAAAUGCUUUUUAGCUGCCUGGGAGGGUGCCAUCGCUGCCAAGCACAUCGGUUGGUGGAUGAAAGGCCGUCAGUUGGCCAAGAAGGCCAUGCAGGCGGUCCCCAAUGGCCCGCAACAUCGGGCUGAGAGGGAGACUGCGAGUACCUUGUUCCUUCUCAUGGCCGAAGAAGAGCAAGAAGAGAAGCAUCGGAAGGUGCUAGAGAUGCAACAGAGCAAAGCCUCUGCGGAGCCCGAGGUUGACCCGAAGGAGGUUGAAUGGGCGCGGGGUGUGGCCUUGCAGCUCAACGAGGCCCUGAAGGCUGAGGACUUCAAGCGGCCACAUCACCAGAUUUGGAAGCUCAUCGGCCCUGGCUUGAAGAAGAAGGACGCCGAUAUGCUCUUCAGUGAGAUCCGACAGUUGGUUUGGGAGAAGUGGAAUCCGAUCGCUUGGCAGCAUGGCUAUCGAACCUCGUGGGAUAACAUGGCCAGGAAGAGCUUUUGUGCUCGCCUGGUUGAUGUGGCCAACGCGGAUGUUGCAGAGGUGAAGGUCUUGAUCAAGGAGAUGGAGGACCGGACUUGCCUGGAGUGGCCGGACAUCGCCGAAGCCGUGGAGAAGAUCAAGUAUGAUGAGACCUGGGCCUACACCAAACGAGAAGAUGGUACCUGGGGUACGUGGAAUGGCCCGACUUCCUUGUGA